UGCAGACUCACUGCCUCGAUCGUCAAUCUUUGGCGCUUUCAUUCCAGAGCGCCCCUCGCUUCUCGAAUUCUUGAACCUCACUCGGUGGAGAUACAAAGAUCAUCAACGUGGCGCGACCUUUUCUCUUCUUUUCGCUAACUAGUUCUGAACACAUCCCUGACAGUCUCCACGAUCCUUGUUCCCCCAUCCAAAAACUGUAUUUGGAUCUCGAACUCCAUCUCCUCUGUGAACAGGUCGUCCUUUUCUGUCAAUUCAGAGCACAGGGAUCACCUCUCCAGAACAGACUCGGACAUUUGUCGAUCAGGGUGGGAGGUGUAUCUCACUGCUCAAUUACGGAGUACGAGGAACAGUCAAGUUCGCCUCAAACAUGAUAAGCGAGCCAUAGACAUCUCGACUUGUCCAUACCACUGAUGCCACCCUGCAACACAACCUUUCCGGCCACUCAUCAUUUUUCGGAGCUUGCAAAGCCUGUACCUGAAAUCACGGAGCCAGAGACGAUGCAGUAAAUUCUUCACCAAAACCACACGACUGCACGAUCUGCGAAGCCAUGGCUCCAACGGAUUCAGCAGACGGAUCUCGACCACUUGCAGACUACUUUUGGAUCGCUGGUCUGGACAGCCAACAACUGGUGGAUGCUUUUUCUCAACCCCGAUGGUCAUACGAGUUCAACGAAAGCAACGGGACUGAUGUGCCUAUCAAGGAAGAGACCACGGCCCAUGACGACCAAAACUCCAUCCUGCAAUCUCCGAGGCCUUCUGUUCGUCAUUCGCGGCAUGAUUCCUAUCAACGACUAUCUCAACUCUCGGAUGAAGCUAGGGAUUCCAUCCGGAGCCUGGGCGAUGUCGCACAUUCACCAAGGAGCGAUCGCAGCAGUCUCACCAUUCGACCUCCUGGCCCGGAUAUCGAUACACGAAUGUCAACUGCUAUCAGCGAAGCGAAUUUUGAAAAGGCAAUGAAGAAGUUUGCCACCGACAGAGAUACCUUCUUCCUCGACCUUACCUUUAACCCAACAGAGACGCCAAAACCCAUGCGAUCAAGGUCACGGCCUCAAACACAGAAGAUUGUACUACAAGACGAGCCCGGCCAGCUGCCCAAUCGUAACUUCGGCAGUAUUCGCAGACAUCUCUCGUUCAAAGAUAUGACCAGCACCAAACGCCAACCAUCCAUGGCUCGACGCACCUCUACACGCACGUCCCGCAGAUUGAGCAGUUAUAAUUCAGUCAUACCCAGCCCGGAGAGUUUCCAUAGUUCUCCCAGCCAGCAUCCAUUGGCACGCAAAUUUGAGCCUGUUCUGCUGGAGAGGUACCCUCGAGCGUCGACCUUGGAUAAAGCUCACCGAAGAGGGCCAUUUCCAGACUAUGUUCCAAUGUUUGCCUUUCCCAACGACAUUAGAAUCGUCUGCGCGGACAACAGACCACGAUCGACAUGGCACGAGUUCUCCAUGACUGCGGCGGAUAAUUCGAGGGUUGCAGCUGUACAAGUCACAAUCUGGAUUCCAGUCAGCCAUCAGAUUGCAGCAGACCUGGAGAAGAAAUGUGACGAGUGGAAAAAGGCUCACAUGUCAGAAGCGGAACGAGAGAUGGCCGCCUCACUUGAAGACAGAUUGACAAUUGAAAGUGCGAAAUUGUCAAAGCUGCUGUCUGAACUGCCUGAAGUGUCUCCGGACUCCGAAGAAAGAGAGCAAUUGGAAGAAGAGAUCAGCGCAGUAGAAGAGAAAAUUAGCGUCAUGUCUGAUAUGUUGAGACCGUUGCGGCAUGGCUCGAUAUCAGAAAUCCAUGGUUUGGGAAUGGGCGAAACACGAUAUUGGAUUCCCAGAGCUUACGGUAUCCUCGGCAAAGAAGUUGCAUUGACCAACUUUUGGAGACAAUGGUUGCGUGCGGCUGUGGUCCCCAUGACUGAUGGCGGUAUCUUACGAGUACCUGCUAGCUCUCCUAAGGUCGGCAUGUGGCAGCCCUUGGAGCGGUACGUGUCUAGCUUGUGCCUCGAAGCUCCGAGCCCGAUAUCCUCGAAGGUGCAGGUCCAGACCUUCAUCCGAGAAUUGAAACUGUACGCGAAAAAAGAAGCUGCAAACGAACUCCCUGGGAGCCGCACAACAGAUUUAUAUCCGCUGUUCAGGACGCUCACCAUCCCCAACAUUAUUCUUCUCUACGAAUAUGUCCUGGCCGAGUCACGAAUUAUCUUGCUGUCAUCACAUACAUCCAUGCUGCAAUUGGUGAGCAAGGCUAUCUUGGAUCUGAUAUGGCCCCUCGAAUGGACCGGAAUCUAUAUUCCAGUCCUUCCAUCACGGUUGGUUCAGGCCCUUGAUGCUCCCUGUCCAUACAUCUGCGGGAUCGAUCGCAACUACGAGAAGUACGACCUGCCGGAAGACGAUUUUGUUCUGGUCGACUUGGACAAGAACGAAUUGCACAGUGUUGCGCCUCCACCAAAUCUCCCAAAACAACAACGCAGAAAAUUGAUGUCUUUGUUGCAUCACGCAGCACCCCUCCAUCACAGCUUUGGAGUGACGCCAGGCGCACCACCUUACGCUGUCGAGACGUUUCCACACAAUGCGUUUUCAGCCGAACUCGAGUCGCCUUUCACAGCCAUCGUCAAGUCCACAAGUUUGGAUAAGUUGGCUAGCACAAGCUCAACUUCAUUCGGUCCACAGGCUGCUUCCGAUUCCAUUCGUCGUGCUCCGAUGUUGAACGUCUUUCUAAGUGCUGGUUCGACACGAGGGAAGAGCAUCGAUCGACCAAGAACAACGUCGACUGCAACCGCUCGACAAUCCUUCCACACGAAUUCCGACGAGAUGUCUCCUAUCACUGGUAGCUUUCCCUAUUCGCUGAGCAACGGAUCGCCACGGAAUGAUUCAGGCUACACUCUGCAGACCUCAUUGCGAGAGAAGAGGUCCGGUCAUUUCGACUCUCUUUCCAAGCGAAGCUUUUCUGGACCUACUCAUAUGAUGAGAAAGGCGAGUCUUCCAUUCGUGAGACACAACGCAAGUCCAUCCACUUUGUCAUCUCCCGACAUGAGAAAUGGAUCGACUUAUGCUCCCUCCACCUAUGCUCAGUCUACACUGGCAGCGUCUUCGAUAAUGCCGAAUUUGCAUGUCCAGCCUGCCCAGAAUACGGAGUCAACAUAUUGGAUUGAAGGUCAUUGCCUACAGUGGCGAGCGGCGGAUGGCCCGUCGACCUGUGUUCUCUGUGACGAAAAGGCUCAAGAUGGCUAUUAUCGGUGCUCCGGAUGUGGUUUCGUCAUCCAUGAUCGAUGUGCUAACCAGAUCACUAUCGUCUGCUCAGUUGCCUUCUAUCCUGACCAGGCUCGAGCUGCAUUCGUCAGAUGUUUGGCAAGCUUGUUCUAUACCUAUCGGAAAUUCAUGUAUGCAGCACCACCUCAAAAGACGAAGCUUGGAGCAGUCUAUCAAUUCGACAACCAAGCAUUCAUUCGAAGUCUUCCUCCAGAUCAUGCCGCGUAUAUGGAAAUGCUUCAGCAAACUCAAGCCUGGAACGAAUUUGUCAUGGAUCGUGAAGAAAAUGUUUCCAAGGGUUCGAUAGCACUUUUCGAUGCAAUCAUCAUGGCCAAGCGAGGACGAGCGGGCUUGUUGAGGUCGUCUCUUCCGGGUCUUGGUCGGAAGGGUUUCGUCCCCAGAUCAUCGUCGGGAAGUACGAGGGCAGACUUCCUCUCAGACACAUCACAACAUCAAUGGCGUAUUGUUGCUGUUCCGGGUAGUUCGGAGCGGCCAGAUCUAGGUUCUGCAGCAAAAGGUCGAGACUAUCACAGCAUCAUCACACGAACCCCGGCCAAAUUGGAAGACGGUCUGUUCAAGCAAGAAGAAACAGUGCCUGACCUGCCCACGAUCAUACCCAAGAAAACGAGAGCAACCACUUUGACUGGGAGGAUGAAUGGAUUAGGCAUGCAUGCGCCUUGAGCCGGAGUUCGUGCACAAAUCUGGACCCACAAUCGAAUAGGGCCAUCAGGGUGCUCUCCGUCUUGUCAGGAGAUUGCCUGUACUCAGAGAGCCUCGCUCGCCCAUCGAGCUUCGCCAUUGUAUCGCAAGCUGACCGAGGACUGCCCUGCCAUCCUUCCUCAUACUGUUCUUGAGCUCCUCCACGCCGUCGGAAACACCUUGCUCCUGCUCUAUCAGAAAUGCAACCUGAAUUACAUCCCGAGUCUUGAGGAUAGGAUUUUGUACAACAACACCACUCUCCUUUUCAGCAUCCCAGUUGAGCGAAAUAGCCUUGAACGGCGCCUUUGCCAGAAGUCUGGCCGCUUCGAGCACGAGGGAAGCAUCGGAGACAUUCUCUAAUUGAGCUUCCAAAACAUACCGAACCAGAGUUGCUCUGCCAUACGGGCCAUGAGUCUUAUCAGGAACUUCUACUGCAGCCAAUUCCGUGGCUUUGGUCCGUACAUUCAGGCAAGGUUGAGCCACAAAUUGGUACAACUUUCGAAAAGAUCGUACCUUCCCACUGGUGGCUUGUCCAUCACCUGUCGUCGUUUCGGUAUAGGUGACAUUUACGGCAAGGACAUGAUUACCUUCUUCCUUCAGGUCGAACCGAAUAAUUGAUUGAACAGAACUACCGGGUCCGGUUUGCUCCUCGUCUGCGUCAGCAGCAUACAGUUCCAACGGUAUGGCUUGCGAUGGGGUCUGCAUUUCCGCCAAGAUCCUGGUGCCGGAGACCGAUUUGAAGGCCUUUCCUGGCAAGAGUUCGUUGUUGGCACAUAAUGCACAUGAGAACGUCUCUCCGACGUGGGCGGCGCCGAAAGACGGCGGCAACCCGAGAUUACUGGAAAGGAUGAACUCUUGGUCGGUGGCCUCACUUGGAUAAGCCAACGAGGCUAUAUGAGGUAUUUUGGUAUCGAUUUCUCGUGGCAGCGGGUGCUUUUGGACCAAUGAUGGUCGUGAGAGCCUAGCAAUUGGAUGAGCAUGGGAAUCGCGAGCUUCGAGGUGAACCAGGCACUACCUUAGAACUAAUUGUAUUAGCACAAGAAUGAGUUUUAAUAGCAACAACGAACCCACCCUUUAAUGAUACAGAAUGAGGCUCCUUGGGAAAGUUCCCUGUAUCAGC